AUCCAGCCACCGGACAGCUGUUCAACUAUAGUUUUUUUUCACUAACACUUCGUACGACACACACCGACAUACAACACACAUAACUUUGUGGUCCCAAAAUGGCGGCUUAUGCGACGAUCUUAUUCCUUCUUCUCGUCGUUCAUCUACGGAUCUUGAUAAGUAGUAGUGAGAGAAACUGGAAUUGUGGAGUUAAGAUUUUGUUUUGAAAAAUAUAUAAUAAUGCCCUGCUGUUGUGCGAAAAAUUGUCACAAUCGUACAGAACAGGGAUUUCGUCUCUUUAGAUUUCCUGCUAACCAAGAACGUAAGCAAAUUUGGAUUGAACAGUGUGGUACAGAUCCAAAAGGAAAUUCGAGGUUAUGUGAGUUUCAUUUUGAUGAUUCUCAGUUUGAAGAUAAACGACAGGAUGGACGACGUAAAUUAAAACCUAACGCAAUUCCUACAAUUUUUUUAAAUAAAGAAGGAAUUAAUGAAAUUUUACAAGAAACUGAAUCUUCUGUAGAUGUUUUGUCUGAAGAAAACAUAAUUGAUCAAAUAAAUAUUCAGCAUGAUAAUCAAUCUGUGCACGUUUCUGUAGAUACAGAAACUCAAUUUGAAGUAUAUAACAAUGUUGCAAUUAGUACUAAACAAUUUUCCGAUGAAGAUGGAACAAUCAGACAAGCUAAUGAAAUUAAAUAUUUAAAAAUAAAUUAGCUCAAACAAUAAGAAAAAAUAAUGGACUUAUAUUGAAAUUCGAAAGAGAAAAACGGUUAAGAUUAAAGCACAAGAAAGCAUAUAUAAAUUUAAAAAAAAGAUAUGCAACAUUGUUGAAAAAAUUAGAAAAAUACCAUUCCUCAAGAAAUUUGAAUCAGGAUUAAUCAAUCGAUGAAUCAAUUGGUCUCCACAAUGCUUGAAAUUGGCUAUGCAAAUAAGAUAUUCCAAUAAUUAAUUUCUUUAGUAGUUGUUUAUUCAUUAAUACAUAACAUUAAUUACUGAUUUUUUAUGAUUUUUCUUAUUAUUUUUUUAUUUUUAUUAAGUUGCAUUAAAAUCAUAUUUCUUUUUAAAGAAGGAUUUGAAAUUAUCCUUGCCAUCCUAUUCCAUUUUACAUAGGCACAUUGCUCAAUUAGAUUUCAGCAUUGGCGUACUAAAAGAUGUGAUUUUCUUAAUGAAAAAAGGAAACACAUUUUCACAUCAAUCAGACUGUACUUUUAAAGGACAAAAUGAAUAUUUGCAAAACAUUGAAUUGAAGAUAUAUCCAGAUCUAAAAACUUCAAAAUUACAAAAAGACAUAAAUACAAGUUUAUUCUUCGUUUAAUAAAUAUCUCACAUUUUGCAAUU